CAAAAACCUUCUCUCAUGGCUAACUCAUCGCUCCUCACUCUGUUCCUCAUCCUCUCCAUCAUCUCCACCACCAACGCCGCCGUCAACUUCACAAGCCCCACCACCAAAGCCACUUCCACCGCCAUCAACUCCACAUUACCCACCACCAACACCAACACUACCCCCACCGCUACUGCCGUCAACUCCUCAAUAUCCACCAACAACGCUAACACCUCCACCACCGGCAUCAACUCCAAAAUACCCACUACAAAUACCACUGCCACCGCCGGUAACUCCAGAAUACCCAUCACCAACACCACUGCCACUGCCGUCAACUCUACAAAACCCACCACCAAAACCACCGUCACUGCCAUCAACUCCACAAAACCCACCACAAGAACCACCUAUAAAAACAAUAGCAUUACCCCACAAGAACUGGACACCCUCCUCGCAGCCUUAAGGUAUCGCGGUUACCCUCUCUUCAGCAACGCUAUCGACACCUCCGACGUCCAAUUACAAAUGCUCUCCACAGUCGCCGACACUUCAUCGGCAUUCACUAUCUUCGCUCCAAAAGACCAUUUCCUUUACACCCUCGAUAUGGCCUCCGACGCCGAUGCUUACGUGGCCGCACUCAUGUGCCACGUCAUCCCUUCUCGCCGACUCACCAUCACCCAACUCCGUAACCUCACUUCUCCUUAUCUCGAGACCCUUUUGCUCCAUUACAGCAUCCUAGUCGGGAAGAGCAAGAGCGACGACGUUUUUGUUACAGUUGAUGGGGUUCGGGUUUCGGAUCCGGAUCUUUAUCUCGGGUCAAAAUUUGUUGUUCAUGGGUUAGAUGGGAUUCUUCUGACUGGGUUUAAUAUGUAUGAGGACACUCUCAGCCAUAUGGGGAAAGGAUUCUUUGCUCCGGAGAUGGGGGAAUUCAUUGGUUCUCAAACUGGAGGGAAUUCUGCGGCGGCGACGCCUAAGAAAGCGUCGUUGCCGGCGGCGAAGAUUGGAGGAUUUUCGAGAAUUAUGAGGAAGCAACGGAGACUGCAGUAUCGCCGGAUUUGGAGGAGUAAUUACAGUUUCCGGCGUAGCUAUGAUGGUAGUCGCAGUGAUGAUGAUUUCUAGGGGCAUUACUGUAAAUCUCAGCUUUCUUCUGGGGCAAAUGUG